AUGGCACCACAACAACAACAACAACAGCUGCAACAGCAUCAACAACAACAACAAAUACCACAACAACUAUCACCAACUGUGCAGUCUUUGCAAACUCAACAGACUUCGCCACAGCAGUUCUCUCAACAAGACGGUCAUCAUUUCCAACAACAACAACAAAUACAUCAUCAACCAAUGCAUCCACAGCCGAUGCACCCAUCUUCACAAUACGGAUAUCCACGCUCUGGCGCGCCCAAGGUUUACGGUGGUGGACGUGGUGGCGGCGGCGGCGGCGGCGUCAUGGGAGGCGGCAGUCCAAUCGGUGCCCCACAGCCCUUCUACGGCGGCGCAAUGAGAGGCAGCAGAGGCGGCUACCGAGGCGGAAUCCGUGGCCGCGGUGGUCGUGGAGGCUACCGUGGUGGGGCCACCGGUGGCGUCAACUAUUACAAUCCACAGUCGGGCGGCUAUCCCCAUGCCUAUGGUGGUGGCGGUCACAGCAGAAUGCUCAACACCAUUGUCAACAUACCGGCGUUUAGUGGUGGUGCGGUAAUUGGAGUCAAAGGCUCACUUUGGGGCCUCAUCAACAAGGCCACCACUGCGCGUAUCAAGAUCUUUAGGACCUACGUCACCAUCAACUGUCCAGACUCUGCACAACUGGACAGAGCCAAAGAGAUUGUACUGAAAUUGAAGAAUACAGCUGCCAAAUACUUAUCAUUGAUCGAUUAUAAAGGUGAUCAGAAGCUCAAGUUUGUAGACCAGCCAAACCAUGCGGUGGUCGUGCUGGAUAACAGACAGAUGCCAGCUUCGGACGAGAAUGUGGACAUUCAGGAGGUAGCAAGGACACAUGAUCCUCAGUUUGCCAGCCGUUUCAACGAGACGUUCAGCACACUGUCCAUCGACAAGGCAACGCAGAUGCCCCUGGUCGACAUCAAGACCGGCAAGAUCUGGUUCAUCAAAUGCUCGGACAUCCCAACGGCGCCCAUGUCAUCGGACAAGUACGAGCUGUACACCGAGUCGCUGGACAGCGUGUUCCAGACGAGUUCAUGCAUCAACGAGGCCUAUGUGCACCAACACACUCUGUUCAAGGAGAAGAAGCCCUACGUCCUCAUCACGCUGCUGGACACUGAGUCGCUGGACAUCCUCACAAUCAAGUGUCUCGAGGAGAAGGUUACCGUGUCGUCCACCACAUCACCUACCGCCACACCACCACCCAACAGCAACGGCAACACCAGCCAGCCAGGAACACCAUCAUCUGCAUCGGCUGCGGCAGCCACAACAUCAACAACAGCAUCAGGUUACACUGAGUACCAAUUCGUCAACCCAUCCAUUUACAAACAAUCACAUCACAUCAGUGCCAAGAUUCUCUUCCCGCAGUGUCGUCAGUCACACUUUGACCUCAAGACGACAAUCGACUCUAUUUCCAAACUCCCGCUGGACAACAGCCAUGACAACCUGCGCAAGUUUAUCUCGUCGAUCAAGAUCCACAAGAACAAUGCCAAUGGCAACAACGCCUACACCAUCCCCGAGUCCAACUUGUUCAUCGCCGAGUCGCUCAUCGUGCAAAAGGUGUCGAUCUAUCGUAACGAGCAAAAGACACUGCAGUUCCAUCUGUUUGAGGACACGGUCACGCGUCUGACCACCACAACGCCAGAGUUCAACCGUCCAGCCUCGUCAAUACUGUGUACUUCUCCGUCGCUCUACGACAUGUUCAAGUCCAAGAAUUGGAGCAUCGAGCAGGUGUUGGAAGAGAUCAAGUCGCUGGCCAAGAAUGUAAGGAUUAUGAUCUCUCAACAGGACAUGAACAAGCUUCAGACAUCCCCGGCUCCAGCCGAUCUGGAGCAAUCGAUUCCAACCGGCAGUGGUGUGGACGGUGAUGAGCUGGACCAGCAAGGAGACGAUGAUCAUCAGGAAGGUGAUGAUGAUGUUGAUGAUGUUGAUCAAUAA